AUGGAAGUGGGUGAUUAUAAAGAGGGGCAGUGUUUCAUCAUGCAUCUUCCUGAUGAUUGUUUAUCUUUCAUUUUUCAAAAAUUUGAUUCUAGUGGUGAUCGGGAAUCUUUUGGUCUAACGUGUCAUCGCUUGCUUCAUAUCCAAAAUUCAAGUCGUAAGUCUUUGGAAUUUGGAUGUUCGUUCUCUCGAUUAAAUCACUCAUUAUCUGAAGCUAGCGUGGACAUUGAUUCUUUCAUUCUUGAUAAGUUGAUUAAUCGUUUUACACAGUUAGAGGCGCUAUCUUUAUCUGGGUGUAUAAAUCUUGUAGAUUCGGGUUUAAUCCGACUGCAAGAUAAUGGGUUGAAAUUACGCACUCUCUAUCUUGAUUGUUGCUUCAAAGUUACUGAUAAUGGAAUUUGUUCGGUUGCUAUAGGCUGUCCAAAUCUGUCAUUAGUUAGUCUUUAUCGGUGCAGUAUAAGCGAUAAUGGAUUGGAACUCUUAGCUAAAUCAUGCUUAUCUCUAAAAGAUGUGAAUCUCGAGUGGUGCACCCUUGUAACUGACUCUGGAAUUUCCAUUAUCACAAGCUAUUGUCGUAAGAUUCGAGCAAUUAAGAUAACUCACUGUGAGAAAAUCAAAGGAGUUGGCUUUGAAGGGUGUUCACAAACCUUGGCCUGUUUAGAAGCUGAUUCUUGCAAAAUUGAACCUGAAGGUGUCAUGGGAAUUUUAAGUGGAGGGGGUCUCGAGUAUCUGAAUGUUUCGUCUCUUUGUUGGUCCAUACAGGGCGAUGGUUUAAGAGCAAUUGGUGGCGGGCUUGGUACUAAUCUUAGAAUUCUUAACUUCCGGGUAUGCAGAACUAUUAGUGAUGAAACAAUACUGCAAAUCUCAAAAGGGUGCCCGUUGCUCCAAGAGUGGAACCUAUCUUUAUGUACAGAGAUCGGGCUCAUGGGUUGGGAGUCAAUCGGGUUGUAUUGUAAUAAUUUAGAGAAGCUUCAUGUACAUGGGUGCCGGGGCCUUUGUGAUAGAGGGUUGCUAGCUUUAAGAAACGGAUGCAAACGUCUCUCAGUUAUUUACAUCACGAGAUGUCAACAAGUUAGUUCAUUGGCGAUCACAGUAUUCAAGAUUGCAAGAUGGGAUGUGGAAAUAAGACUUGAAGAAGUCAUGUGUAUUAUGCCUAAGCAUUUCUUUAGAUGAUAUCUUUUUUGGAACUUCCAAUUGUUCAAUGGAAGAAGAUACAGGUCAAUUUGAUCCAUUCAUUGUUUUCAGAGAAAUUGCUCAAUUCAGUCAAGUGUUUGUUUGUUAUACUGAUUUAAGUUAUACUUGUGUGGAGGUAAGAAUUGAUUACUUUGUGCA